AGCAGCCAUUCAGCCUUCUUGCACGUCCGCGGCAAACACCACAAAAGAUGCCAGAGGAGGAGGAUGUAGCAGAGGAUGAAGCCGGGAAUGUGACUGCUCGACCAGAAGAAGACAGCGAAGCGAGGGCACAAUCUAUUGCACGUUCUCGGGAGGAACGACUAAGACAAGAUCUGUUCGUCCUGCGCAAAUUGAAUGAAGGAUUUGCUGUUUACAACAAUGCAUUAAGUGGAGCGAAGUCAACAACAGAGCUUGUUGCAGAACAAUUGAAAGAGACUAAUGCUCUUCUUGACAAAUAUGUGGAUAUCCUUGCAAAAUCAGAAUCUGCGACCAAGCUCAUAUUUGAUGAACGAUGGCACGGUGCUGAGGACGACGAAGCAUCUCUCCAACGAUUAGAACGUGAGGCAGCAGAGAAAGCUCGAAGGGCAGCGGAGGAACGAGCCAAUGCUGAACAACGAGAAAAGGAACGUCGAGAAAAGGAGCAACGCGAACGUAGCGAGAAGGUGGAGAGGGAACGACUAGAAGCAGAGAAACGGGAGAAACUCGCGACUCGGGCAGGGUAUGGAGGCGUGAGAGGUGUACGUGGGACGAGGGCAACUGCUCGAGCGAGAGGUGCUGCUGUGUCAAAAAUGGGUAAGGAAUUUUGGUCGAAUAGAUAGAUUAUAUUUUGAUCUUGGAGAAAUGCAGGUGGAACUGCUGCACGCGGUCGAGGAAGUGCAAUACCGACAACAACGACGAGUUCGGGCGGCCGGAUUCCAAGGCCAAGUUCGGCUGUAUCAACUACUCGGGCUUCAACUACCAGUACGACUCGGUCAGGUGUACGCUGAGGUUCAAUGUUCGCUUGUAUC